CCCCGGGGCGUGUCCGGAAGGGGGCGUGGCCAGCGCCGCCCGUCGCCGCGGGCCGGGCCGGGCCGGGGCCGCCAUCGCCGCCAUGGCCUGGGGCGCCUCGCUCGCCGAGUGCCUGCGCGAGUGGGAGGAGCUGCAGGACGGCUACCAGCGCAUCCAGGACAACCACAGGCUGUACAAGCAGAAACUCGAGGAGCUGACCAAGCUGCAGGAUGGCAUCUCCAGCUCCAUCGCCAGGCAGAAGAAGCGGCUGAAGGAGCUGUCACUCUCCCUCAAAAAAUGCAAAGGCCAGGCGACUCCCGAGCAGGAAGCAUCCAUCCAAGAGACCCAGAGCCUGAUUAAAGAGAGGCAGAACGUGUUCUUUGAGAUGGAGGCCUAUCUGCCAAAGAAGAACGGGUUGUACCUGAGUCUGGUGCUCGGCAAUGUGAACGUGACACUGCUCAGCAAACAGGCCAAGUUUGCAUAUAAAGAUGAGUACGAGAAGUUCAAGCUCUACCUCACCAUCAUCCUCCUCAUUGUCUCCUUCUCCUGUCGGUUCCUCCUCAACUCCAGGGUGACAGACGCCGUCUUCAACUUCCUCCUGGUGUGGUACUACUGCACCCUCACCAUCCGCGAGAGCAUCCUCAUCAACAACGGCUCCAAGAUCAAAGGCUGGUGGGUUUUCCAUCACUACAUCUCCACCUUCCUCUCAGGUGUCAUGCUGACGUGGCCAGAUGGGCUCAUGUACCAGAUGUUCAGGAACCAGUUUCUCUCCUUCUCCAUGUACCAGAGCUUUGUGCAGUUCCUGCAGUAUUACUACCAGAGUGGGUGCCUGUACCGGCUGCGAGCGCUGGGAGAGAGGCACAACAUGGACCUGACUGUGGAGGGCUUCCAGUCCUGGAUGUGGAGAGGCCUCACGUUCCUGCUUCCCUUCCUCUUCUUUGGGCAGUUCUGGCAGCUCUACAACGCCAUCACCCUGUUCCGCAUGCUGCAGCACCCCGAGUGCAAGGAGUGGCAGGUCCUCAUGUGCGGCCUCCCCUUCUCCAUCCUCUUCCUGGGCAACUUCUUCACCACCCUCCGUGUCGUGCACCAGAAGAUUCAGAACAAGAACCAGGACACGAAGGAGAACUGAAGUGGGGCACUGUGGGGGCCUGGACUGUUUCUGCCCUCUGGCUCCAUCCCCAAUCCCCAUCUCCUCAAUUCCGUCCGGACUCUGGUGUCUCUUGCCAUUCCUUGGAGGCCUGGGUGUGGGACAGAGCCUGGGGCCUGCUCCUGGACAGUCCACGUGCUCAGCACAGGGCUGGGUCCGUGCUGGAGUCACCCACCUGGAGGCAGGAGCAGCCUGCACCUCCUGUCCUGGCUGCCUUCCACACCCAGCCAGCAGGGUGCUUGGGCCAGCCGCUCCCCUCCCUCUCACUGGGAUGUUCCCUGGCUGCUGGUGCUCCUCACUGGGACAGGGCAGCAUCCAGGGACUGCCUCCCACAGCUCCUGGGGUGCUGGGGCUCCCCCUUCCCCCCAGCCCUGCAGCCCCUGGUGUUGAGGAGCUGGGGCUGUGCACAGCCCUGAUCCCAGCCCAGCUCCUCCCUCGCCUUCAAUCCACAGGGAAGGGGGGGCUGGGGCACGGGAGGGUGGGAGCAGGAGCUGGGGCUGUGCAGCUCCUGAGGCUGCAGGUGUGAAAAUAAAGGGAAGGAGCUGCCCUGGGGCACCGGGACACUCUGGGAUCUGCUCCCACACUCUGCUCUGUGGCUUUGGGUCAGCAGGAAGGGGGGUCCUGACACAGCCUCCCUGAAAGGAGGGUGGAGGUGGGGGGCAGUAGGACAUUUGUUACAACAGGACAAGAGGAAACAGCCUCAGGUUUCACCAGGGGAGCUUUAGAUAGAUGUCUUCACAAAAAAGGGUUGUCUAGCCCUGACAGAGGCUGCCCAGAGCAGCUGUGGAGUCACCAGCCCUACAGGGAUUUAAAAGCCAUGUAGAUGUGGCAGCUGGGGACAUGGUUGAGUGGUGGGUUUGGUACUGCUGGGUCAAGGGUUGGACUCGAUGGUUUGGAGGGGCUUCCCAGCCUAAAUGAGCCCAUGAUUUUAGGAAAAGUCAUCUCCCUGUGCCCUUCCACCAGCCUGAGCUGCGGGGGGUGCUCCCUCCCAUGGCAUCCCAGGCUGUGGCCACCAGCAGAACCUCAGUGUCCCUGGAGGUGGGGAACAGACACCCUGCACCAGCUGUACCAGCACCGGGAGCUCUGGAAGAACCAAAGAGCAGGUUGGGCACAGCUGCACCCCAGUCCAGAGCCCCCCACUGCCAUCCUCCCUCCCCCCACAACCCAGCACUCAGGGUAAGGGCUACCCAGAGCUGCCACCACAUCCCCAAAUUUCCUCCUGGUUAUCAUCCAUUGCUCCUCCUGCCUCCUUCUUCCCUCUGGCUGAGCAGAGAGAAUGGAGGAAGCAAACUCCAGACACAGGAUUUUUAUUCCAAGGGCAAAUGUAUUUAAAUAAUUUACAAUCAUUGGACAGCCUGGAA